AUGCGUUGCUAUGCGGUAAGGCGAAGCUAAAAGUGUUGGGGUAAUUUCGGCCGAAGCGCUCAAAGCGAACGGCGAACAUCUCGUUCAAGGUUUGGCGGCCCGUUGGUUCCGAAAGCAAUUCAACUCUUAAACCGGAAAAGACGGUGUGAGGCAGUGCUGGAGAAUAAGCGCAUAUUUCACUUUUGUGAUUUCUGUGUGGUGAAACCGAAUCCAAGAUGGGCACAUCUCAAACCAACAAAGAAAACGGGAAAGGAACACCCGAGAAGAAUAACCAGCAUGCAAGGGGCAAAACCUCCUUUGCGCGAGUUGUACUGCUUGAUGGGACUCUGUUUGAAUGCUCAGUUGAGAAGAAGGCCACGGGCCAAGAGCUGCUGCUGAGAGUGACGGAGCACCUGGACCUGCUGGAGCGCGACUACUUCGGCCUGCAGUUCUCCGACCAGCACGACCCCAUCAACUGGCUGCAGCUGGACAAGCCGAUCAAGAAGCAGCUGAAAAGCGAGCCAUGGGAGCUCCGUUUCGCCGUCAAGUUCUACCCGCUGGACCCGAGCCAGCUGCAGGAGGAUGUCACCCGCUACCAGCUGUGCCUGCAGAUCCGCAACGAUAUCAUCACCAACAAGCUGCCGUGCUCGUUCGUCACGCACGCGCUGCUCGGCUCGUUCCUGGUGCAGUCGGAGCUGGGCGACUAUGACGCCGCCGAGCACCGGCCGGGCUACCUGGCCGACUUCAAGCUGGCGCCCCACCAGACGGCCGAGCUGGAGGAGAAGGUGGCCCAGCUGCACAAGACGCUGAGGGGCCAGACUCCGUCCGAAGCCGAGCUGCACUACCUGGAGAACGCCAAGAAGCUGGCCAUGUACGGCGUGGACCUGCACCCGGCCAAAGACUCGGAGAACGUGGACAUCAUGCUGGGAGUCUGCGCCUCCGGCAUCCUCGUCUAUAGGGACAAACUGCGGAUAAACCGCUUUGCCUGGCCGAAAAUUCUCAAGAUUUCGUACAAGCGAAACAACUUCUACGUGAAGGUUCGGCCCGGCGAGUUUGAGCGUCACAUGACCACCAUCGGCUUCAAGCUGACCAACCACAGGAAGGCCAAGCAGAUAUGGAAGAUUUGUGUGGAGCAUCACACCUUUUUCCGGCUGAUGUCGCCCGAGCCGCCGAGUCGGGACAGCCUGCCCCGCCUGGGCUCCAGGUUCCGCUACUCGGGCCUGACGCAGUACCAGACGCGGCUGCGGGCGCAGCAGCUGGACCGGCCGUCCCCGCAGUUCCGGCGUGCCCUCAGCGGCCGCGGCGUCUCCAGCCGCAGCAUGGAACCGAUCGGCGCCGGCGCCCGCGAGGCGCGCGACGGCGACGUGAAGCGACACACGCUGACAGAGGCGCCAGAGCAGAUCCCCGGACUGGAGGACGACCGGCCCAAGGAGCGCACUGGCCACCGCUCGCGUCGCAACAGCCUCUACAACUCGGACUCGUCGCUGGCCGACAGCGAGGACUCGUACCAGCUGGAGCGCCCGCGGCGCUCGUCCUCGCAGGGCUACCUGGACAGCGCGCAGCGGCGCGGCGGCCGACUGGACCGCGCCUACGGCUCGUCGUACGCGCUGGGCGAGCCCUGGUGGCCGGAGCCGGACCUGGAGUCGGCGUCGGCCACGCUGACGUCCUCGCAGCCGGCACUGCACCUGUCGGCCGCCGAUCCGGUGCCGCGCCCCUCCGCCCAGCUCGCCGACGAACCGCCGGCGGUGCCGCCCAAGACGGCUGGCGCACACCAGGCGCUGUGGAGCGACAGCGAGACGCUCUCGCUGCCCGAGGUGCCCGUCGAGCCGCUGGAGACGUUUGUGGUGGAGCCGGCGGACGGCGUCACCGACUCCGACCGGGCCCAGGACAGCCGCGCCGAGCAGGAGCCGCUGGACAAGGUGGCCGGGAAACCGGACAAAGGAGGCGGGAGCAAGUUUUGGAAGUCCAAGGACAAGGGGGAGGGGAAGGGCGAUAAGAAAAAGAUGGAUGAGAAGGAGACCGAGCGGGGCGCCGAGGCCACGGUGAAGCCGAAGACGGAGGAGACGGUGAGGGAGACCAACGUCGGCCUGGGAGGCCGCUUUGUCGGAAAGAUCCCUGGCUUCAGAAAGAAGGCGCAUUCGGAAGACGAGGAGAAGGAGGUGCGCGGCGGCGCCGCUUGUUAUGGUGAUGACGAUGUGGAGGAGGGCCUCCGGGCCAGCGACGGAGUAGGUGACGAUACACGUGGGUCAGCCAACGACAUGGUCCCCAAGUUUGGUGACGAGCACAACGAAGAAGGCCAAACUUCAGGCAAAAACGAAGUCGGUGGCGAUAAAAAGAAGCGCAUCUGGCAUAAACUCAAACCGGGCUCGAAAAAGGACAGAACGGAACUGGAUGCCGCUGACAGCAAGAGUGCGGAGUCUCUGCCAGGGCAGAGCUCGGGGGCCUACCCGAAGCGCAGACCGUCGCUGACAGCGACUGCUGAAGUGCAUAGUUCGCCGACAGAUGACGCGACCAGCAGUGGCCACCGGGUCCCGCCAUCUCUCGACACACGCAAAAGGGACUCAGACGGCUUCGACAGCGCCGGCGACGCUCAUCUGUCGGACUUCUCGUGCGAGCUUCUCACGAGGGAGGACCAGGCCGACUCGACGCUAGCCGCAGCCGACCUGGACGCCGUCCAGCAGCUCUCCGGCGACCUGGACGGCGACGAGCCGGCGGCGGCCACCCCGGCACAGGACGACGAGAAGAAGGAGCGCAGGAAGAGCUGGUAUCCGUUCGGCAAGAAGGAAAGGGCGGACGACGACGGAAAAGCGAAGGACGACGCGGACCGUCUGCACAAGUCACUCGGUAGUCUGGACGACAAGAGCGCCGCCGAGAAGAAGAAGAGCUUCUGGAAGAGCCCACGCCUGUUCCGCAAGAAGGACAAGUCAUCGUUGCUUGACAGUUCAGUGGUGAAGGGUGGUGACGUCGUUGGAUGA